UCAAACGCGGAGGGCACACCGAAGGACCGAAUCCAAUUGCGACAACAACGAAAACACAAAGCCAAACAGCUCUAAAUGGCUUUGACACCAGCGGUGACAGUAUUAUGCGAGAAUUCAAAUGAAGUCUUCUUUGACGUGUGCAAGUUGUUACUUUCAUACGCCGACAACAUUUUACGGGAUCCAAAUGUGGCAAAAUACAGAUCAAUCCGUGUAGGCAAUCCUACUUUUUCUAGCAAGCUGUUGCCAAUCAACGGUGCUGUGGAAUGUCUCUUCGAGAUGGGCUUUGAAGAGGCUGACACGCACUUGGUGUUUCCAAAGUCUGCAUCAUUGGACCAACUGAAGGUAAUCAGGGAGUCCAUAGCUGCUCAAAGAGACCAAAGAUUGAAUGGAGGGCAGCAAAUUCACCUUUUGGCCGAGGCUCUUGCAGAAAGUCCAGCUUCAUCAAGCCAAGCAGUCUCAUCGCUUCCUGUACAACCUUCAUCACUGGUGAGCAGCAUGAACUUCUUUGUGACUCUUCAGUCUAACUUUAAACAUGUGCUGCUAUAUGAGAACCCUGAGCUACAGCAGAAAGCAAGAAGCUACAUUCCUUACAAAGAACUGUCCUCUGCCGCUGAGAAGAAGAUGAAGUUCGCUAAAGAGGCUGAGACAGAAUGUAAACUAGGAAAAGAGGACUUCCUGGUGCUGGAGUUGCUCAGGUGGUUCAAAUAUGACUUCUUCUCCUGGGUCGACUGUUUACCCUGCAGCCGCUGUGGAGGCCCGACCCAGAACACUGGCUCACUCAAUCCUACCAUUGAUGAGCUACACUGGGGAGCCCAGCGAGUAGAGAACCACUACUGUCAAAGUUGCCAGUCUUGCACCAGAUUCCCUCGGUAUAACAAUCCCGAGAAGCUUCUCGACACCAGGAGAGGACGCUGUGGGGAGUGGGCCAACUGUUUUACCCUGUGUUGCAGAGCUCUCAGCCUCGAAGCCAGGUACAUCUGGGACAGCACAGAUCAUGUAUGGACAGAGAUUUACUCUGUCUCUCAACGCCGUUGGCUGCACUGUGACUCAUGUGAGAACAUCUGCGAUAAACCUUUCCUCUAUGAGGUUGGCUGGGGGAAGAAACUCUCCUAUGUUCUGGCUUUCUCCCAGGAUGAGGUUGUUGAUGUGACAUGGAGGUAUUCCUGCAAACAUCCAGAGGUUUUGUCAAGAAGGACUAGCGUUCAGGAGACCUGGUUGCUGCACACCAUUAUUAGACUCAACGCUUUGAGACAACAAUCCCUGAGCGUCGACAGGAAACUAGAACUGACAGAAAGGCUGCUUGUUGAACUUGUAGAGUUCAUUUCCCCCAGGGUCCCAAAACAAGGCGAGCUGGGAGGACGCAUCUCUGGGUCUCUGGGUUGGAGGAUAGCAAGAGGAGAGAUGGGAGAUGCCAAUUCAGGGACUGCUAAGCCGGUUGCAGGCUAUGUGUUCACGCCCACUGAGAAAGAGAGGAGAGACAAGCUAAUUCAUGUGUUGUACAACACUACAAAAGACCAAUACUGUCGAGUCUCCAAUGACUUUGAAGUCAUCCACUGCUGGGAUCGAUGUGUGUGGACUAAGAAGUCUGUCUUUAGGAAGGUGGAAAAUGACUGGGAUAUGGUAUACAUUGCUCGAACUGAAGGCGCCUCUAUAGGACAAAUCAGCUGGAAAUUUGACUUUGCGCCAGCAAAAUUAAGUGUAAAGUCCGUAUCAAUCAGGGCCAGUAGCCAAACUUUCAAGUCCGGGGACAUCAGCUGGAUCUUACAAUCGAGCUUAAUGACAACUACGUUUUCCGCAGAUGGGGGAAUGCAGUCAUUCCGGUGUCUCAACGGCUCCUCUGCGUUCACCGUCACUGUGCAGCUCAGUGGCGGGGAAGGGAACACGUCAUGGCAGCACUCUCAGAUUUUCAGACAGAGUCUGAAGGAGACAGGAGAAUGUUCAUUUGAAAUUCUCAUUCACCUCCAAAACACAUGAUUAUGAUGAUACCUUAUCCAGUGAUUACUGUUCAGCGGUAUGUCUGUCUCCGAUGAUUUCGUUUUUUGUCGUGGUUGGGUUCAUCUUAUGGAGACUGGCAAAACUUUGUCACUGUCCAUUGUCAAAUGACCUAAUUGCAUUUAAAUCCCAGAGAUUGUCGCUGUGAUAUGUCAUGAUAGCAUGGACAUUUAACCCAAGCUGUGGAAGUUACCGUUGCCAUCAUCUUACUAUAUUGUAAUAAAUGUUGAUUGUAUGAGAUA